CGUUCGUUCAGUUUGAGCGUUGGUUCAGGAAGGGAAGCAGCAUGAAUACCUUGUCGACACCCGAGACUCCGGGACACAAAUCCAGGAGGAAGGCGUCCAAACCCGUGAUGGAGAAACGCAGACGGGAGCGAAUCAACAGCAGCCUGGAAACCUUACGGCUGCUGAUGCUGGAAAACACCCAGAACGAGAAGCUGAAGAACCCGAAGGUGGAGAAGGCAGAGAUCCUGGAGAGCGUCGUUGACUUCCUGAAGAAAGAGAAGGACCACCGGGCCGCCAGAAAGGCGUUUCCCGAGGAGCAGCAGCCCGCCGACGGCCCCCACCACAGCUACCACGACGGCAUGAGGUCCUGCCUGCUGCGGGUCAGCGAGUUCAUCACCUGCAAGAGCCUGGAGCUGGAGGAGGCCAACGCGCUGCAGGCCUCGCUGAAGCUCUCCACGUUGCCGACCGCCGUUUCCUCCCCGGUCCCGCUCUGCGCGUCCCCGCCGGUCGCCCCCGCCGACGUCCCCGCCGUUCUCUCCCCUCGGCGCCUCGUCUUACAGGAGCCCGAAACCAGGCAGACGCUCUCCUUCGCCUCCUCCACGACGGUCCCCGACCCAGUCUGGAGACCCUGGCCUAAAUAA